UGAGAGUGAAGACAGAGGGGAGGACUGGAGAGCACUGGCAGGAAACUCAUUCACUCCAAUUUAACCUUUAUUUAUCAGCUAACUGUGAAGCUCCUGUGUGGAAUACUGCACUGCUUUGGAUAAAAAGUGUGGACUUCUUUCUUUGCCACAAUGGGGAAAUGCUGGAAUCGUCAUCAUCAUCAUCAUCAUCAUAUUCACCAUCUUCUCAUCAUUCUUCUUUUCUGGACUUGCGUAGUGAGCCAACAAAUGAUGGAUACGCUCCCUUUAAAGUUCACACAGUCGCUGUACAAUGCUACCAUUUAUGAGAAUUCAGCUGCAAAAACCUUUGCAGACUGCCCUGUUAAAAUGGGUAUUUUCAUACAGGACCAGUCUUGGGAUAUAUGGUACCGAAUCGAAUCUGGGGACCAUGAAAAACUAUUCAAAGCUGAGAAGUACGUUUUGGGCGACUUCAGCUUCUUGCGGAUAAGGACUAAAGGGGGGAGUUCCAGCACACUGAACAGGGAGGUAAAAGACCAGUUCUUACUUUCUGUACAAGCAAUUGAAAGGCACUCGGGUGCAGAAGCACUGACUCAAGUAAGGCUGCGAGUUUUGGAUGCGAAUGAUCUUAGACCUCUUUUUUCGCCGACUUCUUAUAGCGUCUCUGUGCCUGAGAGCACUCCAAUCAGAACCAGCAUAGGAAGAGUGUUUGCGACUGAUGCUGAUGCGGGCACUAAUGGAGAGUUCUACUUCAGCUUUAAAGAGUGGACAUCUGUGUUUUCCGUCCAUCCUACAAGCGGCGUUGUGUCUCUGACGGGGAAACUGGAUUACCUGGAGACGCCACAGUACGAGAUUGAUGUGCUAGCAGUCGACAGGGGCUUGAAGCUCUACGGGAAAAGCGACGUAAGCAGUACUGCCAAGCUGACAGUGCAGGUACUGCAGUCCAACGAUCACGCACCUGUUGUCACAGCUGUUCCAUUAAUUCCGUGGAACACCACCACCAAGGAUCCUACCUACGCAUUUGUGACGGUGGAGGAUGAUGACCUAGGGCAAAGCGGGGAGAUAGCCUCGCUGAGCAUUGUGGCUGGGGAUCCGCUUCAGCAGUUUAAGGCCAUUAGGACAAGUCCCGGGAGCAAAGAGUACAAGAUCAAGGCUAACAAAGAGGUGGCCUGGGAGGGAUUUGACUUUGGCUACAACCUUACCUUGCAGGCCAAGGAUAAGGGAAGUCCGCCAAAGUUUUCUCCAGCAGUUGUAGUGCAGGUGAAGCCCCCACUUGAGAAUAUGGAGAAUGUUCUUCGCUUUGAAAAAAGCAUCUAUAGAGUCACGCUGAGUGAAUUUGCACCACCGCACUCGCAAGUAGUCAUGGUUAGAACUGUUCAGAAAGAUCCUAAUGUGAGGUAUUCAUUACAGUAUAAAAUGCACAAACAUAGAAACCCAUUUGUUAUCAAUCCGAACACAGGUCUUAUAACCACUGUAGAGCAUGUUCAGGCUGAGCGUGUCAGCCAGUAUGAACUGAAUGUAAUCGCUACCAUAAACCGUGACCAUAGACAAGCUAGCACCUUGCCAGCUACAUCGGCUAAGGUAGUGGUUAACGUCAUUGACAUGAACGACAAUGCUCCAAAAUUCCAACAGUCUACGUAUGCAGCCAGUGUUGAUGAGAACACACCUAUAGGAACCAGCGUUUUAUCAGUCAGCGCUAUCGAUAAAGACGAAGGCGAGAAUGGCUACGUUACCUACAGUAUCGUUAACCUCGUUAACAAGAAACCCUUUAUAAUAGACUACUUCACUGGAGUCAUAAGCAUCUCUGACACAUUAGACUAUGAAAUGAUGCCCAGUAAAUUCUACCUAAAGGUUCGAGCCUCGGACUGGGGCUCUCCUUUCCGCAGGGAAGCUGAAACCGUGGUCGCAAUCACUCUGAACAACUUGAACGACAACCAGCCACUUUUUGAAAAUAUUGACUGUGAAGUGACAGUGCCGAGAUCUUUCAGAGUCGGCGAGCAGAUAAUAGUGGUGUCUGCCAUUGACGCAGACGAUCUAGGAAUUGUGCGAUAUGAGAUUACUGCUGGAAAUGAUCAGAACCUCUUUGAUUUGGAUCCCAAUUCUGGUGUACUUACUCUUAAAAACUCACUCAUAAAAUUAAUUGAUGCUGCUAAACCCAGAGCAUCAACUUUUUAUUCUUUACAAAUACAAGCUAAUGAUGGCAAGAUUUCAAGCUCUCCAAUGUAUGUGAAUAUCACAGUUGUUGGUUCUUUGCAGAAUGAAGAAAUACGUUCAAAGUGUGCGGAAACUGAAGCUCUAAGGACUUUGGCUGGGAUGCUUCUUUUUGGCUCGAAAUUACAUCAUGAAAUUGAAUUCACGGACACGCUUUCGGAAAACAACAAUAAUGCGCCACAGUUUAUGGGAUCCAAUCCAACUGAAAUAGAGGUUAAAGAGGAUGUGCCGGCGGGUAGUGAUAUAGUGCGUUUCAGAGCAACAGAUGCAGAUGUUGGCUUCAAUGGGAAAUUGCUUUUCGUGAUAUCAGACGGAAAUGUUGAUAGCCGUUUCAUGAUCGAAACUGAUACUGGGUGGCUUAAAAUUGGGGAACCCCUCGACAGAGAAACGACAGACCACUACACCCUUAAUAUAACUGUGUAUGACCUGGGUUUACCUCAGAAAUCCUCGUCUUAUAAUUUAAAAAUCAGUGUUAUAGACGUUAACGAUAACAGCCCAGAGUUCUUAGAAAAUGAGUAUACAGUUGACGUUAGUGAAGAUUGUGCUGUAGGAACAGAUAUCAUUCAGCUUGAAGCUGUAGAUAAAGAUUUGGGUGUCAAUGGCAAGGUCAUCUACUCGUUUCUGACCAAAUCUGACCAUUUUGCCAUAAAUAAUGAGACAGGAGUUGUGACGGUUCAAAAGCCACUAGACAGAGAGGCAAACCCAUCCUUUGUUCUGAAGGUAGCUGCCCAUGAUCAAGCAACCCAAGAGCCUCCAUUGAUAUCCACCACAAUACUGACCAUCAUUUUAGAGGACGUGAAUGACAUCGCCCCUAUCUUUUACCCCUCAAACUAUUAUCGCAUCAGGAUUAGAGAGGAUAUCCCAGUAGGAACCUUGAUCCUGUGGAUAGAGGCCUCUGAUCCAGACCUGGGUCAGUCCGGGCAGGUGAGGUACAGCCUGACGGAUGAUGCAGAAGGAAGUUUCCAGCUGGAUAAAGUGAGUGGAGCGCUGUACCUCGCUCAGCCCCUGGAUUUUGAAAGGAAACAGACAUAUAACCUGACAGCAAAAGCUAAAGACAAAGGGAAACCGGUGUCUCUAUCCUCGCUCUGCUUCAUUGAAGUGGAGACAGUGGACGUCAGUGAGAAUUUGUAUCGCCCAUCCUUCCCCUUCUUUGUGGACUGGGGGAGCGUGAGCGAGGACGCUCCGGUCGGAUCUUCUGUAAUGAAAGUAACUGCCCAUGAUGAGGAUGAAGGAAGGGACGGGGAGCUGCGCUAUACUAUACAUGACGGCUCAGGCCUCGGGGUUUUCACUAUUGAUCAAAUGUCUGGAGUGAUAAGUACCAAGGAGUUACUGGACCGGGAGACAACCAGUCAUUACUGGCUGACUGUCUACGCCACUGACCAAGGGGUAGUGCCGCUCUCCUCCUCUGUGGAGGUCUACAUCGAUGUUCAGGAUGUCAACGACAACGCUCCACAGACUUCAGAACCCGUCUACUACUCCUCUGUUCCGGAGAACUCUCCAAAGGACGUGUCCAUCAUGCAAAUCCAGGCCUUUGAUCCGGACUCCAAAAGCAGCGACAGGCUGACCUACAAGAUCACCAGUGGGAACCCACAGGGAUUCUUUACUGUCGACCUUCAGACAGGUUUGGUGACAACAACGUCUCGAAAACUGGACCGUGAAAAGCAAGGAGAGCACAUACUUGAAGUCACUGUUUCUGAUGAUGGAGCUCCAGCCAUGUCUACAGUGGUUCGUCUGGUGGUGAAGGUGGAGGAUGAAAAUGACAACCCUCCACAGUUCCUGGAGAAGGUCUAUAAAAUCAGGCUGGUGGAGCGCCCAAAGGCGAUCAGAUGGGAGCCGGUUUAUCGCGUCAUUGCCCAGGACAGAGAUGAGAGUCCUUACUCUGAAAUCUCAUACAGCAUAGAGGAGGGAGACGAGCACAGGAAAUUCUUCAUCGAGCCCAAAACGGGGCUGAUCUCCUCCAAAGAGGCUUUCUCAGCGGGAGACUAUCACAUUCUCACGAUUAAGGCUCUGGACAAUGGCCGGCCUCAGAAGUCGUCCAUCUGCCGGUUGCACAUUGAGUGGAUUGCGAAGCCUGAGCCGCCUAAAGAGCCGCUGGUGUUCGAGGAGGCCUCGCUCCAAUUCUCCGCCAUGGAGAGCGAUCCAGUGGGCCAUAUGGUGGGAGUCAUCAGCACUCAGUCUCUAGACUCUCCUGUCUGGUUUGAUAUCAAAGGAGAUUCGCACACUAAAGAAGUCUUUCACAUCGUUCAGAUGGCGUGUGACCUGAACUGUAGAACUGAAGGUGGAAAUGAUGACAGCCGGUUCGAUGUGGAGAAGGCCAGUGGCACCCUCAUCAUUGCCAAAGCGCUGGAUGCAGAGCAGCAGUUAAAUUAUAACCUAACUGUGGAAGCAACAGAUGGAAGCAGAUCCAUCAGCACUCAGAUCUCAGUCCAGGUUAUUGACACCAAUGAGCAUCGACCCAAGUUUACCCAGACCAAGUAUGAAAUCAGUAUUCCAGAGGAGACGGAACCGGGAAUGAAGAUACUGGAGAUCAGCGCUACAGAUAAAGACGAGAAGAAUAAACUCUUCUACACACUGCUGAGCAGCACAGACCCACACAGCCUGAAGAAGUUCCAUCUAGACCCGGGAACUGGCUUCCUGUACACCACUGACGAGCUGGAUCACGAGACCAUGCACAGACACACACUCACUGUCAUGGUCAGAGAUCAGGACGUGCCGGUGAAGCGUAACCUGGCGCGAGUGAUCAUCAGUGUUGAAGACGGUAACGAUAACGCGCCCUGGUUCACCAGCUCUCGGUACAGCAGCUGUGUGUUAGAGACGGCCGCCGUGGGCUCAGCUGUGCUGCAGGUCACUGCUCUGGACAAAGACAAAGGUCAGAACGCAGAGAUCUUCUACAGCAUCGACUCCGGAAAUCAUGGAAAUUCCUUCAGCAUAGAUCCAUUCCAGGGCAUAAUAAAGGUAGCAGGAGAGCUCAGUAGUGACCAGAGGAGCCAGUAUGAGCUGGAAGUGAAAGCAUCAGAUAAAGGAGAACCUCCUUUGAGUGUUUUUACAACCGUCUCCAUCAAAGUCACCAUCUCUGAUAACGCCGAGCCCAAGUUCCAUCCCGGCCUGAUCACAGCUGAGAUCAGCGAGGCGGCUCCGGUCGGGAGUUUGGUGACCGCGGUCGUAGCCUACAGUCAGUCAUCUGUCUUUUAUCAAAUCAUAGAAGGAAAUGUGAACGGGGCUUUUGACAUCAAUCCCAACUCUGGUGCGGUUGUCACCCGGAGGACGUUGGACUAUGAGACUCUGUCUUCUUAUAAAUUGACUGUUCGGGGGACCAACAUGGCUGGGAUGGCGAGCGAAGUCACAGUGCACAUCCUUGUUAAAGACGAGAACGACAAUGCCCCUGUCUUUGAUCAGACUGAAUUUGUUGGGUUUAUUAGUGAAGCAGCCUCGCCUCGGAGCGUGGUUCUGACUGUUGAGAAUACGCCGCUUGUUAUUCAUGCAACGGAUGCUGAUGAGGACGCAAAUGCCAGGCUUGUCUAUCAGAUUGUGGAGCCGUUUGCUCACAACUACUUCUCUAUCGAUUCUGGCACAGGAGCAAUUCAGACAAUCAGCAGCCUUGAUUAUGAGGGGCGAAGUGCAUUCCACUUCACGGUGCAAGCCCACGAUACCGGCCUGCCACGCUUAUUUACGCGGCAGGUGGCCAAUGUGACGGUCUUUGUCAAGGAUGUCAAUGACUGCGCACCAAGGUUUAGCCAGAAUUCCUUUGAAACGACCCUACUGGUGCCAACAUACAAGGGUGUAAAAGUGAUCUCACUAAAUGCUACAGAUUCCGACUUUCCAUCCAACGACCAAAAGCUACUCUACUCAAUUGUAGACGGCAACGUCAAGAACAAGUUCAGGAUUGAUAGUGUUACGGGGGAGAUUUUUGUUCAAAAUGCAACACAACUUCGCAGCAGAUACAUUCUGACUGUUAGAGUAUCAGAUGGGAAAUUUACCAGCAAUGCAACUGUAAAAAUCACAAUUCGAGACAACAAAGGAUUUCAUCAUGGACUCAAAUUCAACCAAGAAACAUUCACCGCCUUUAUAGAAGAGAACUCAACUGGGAGGAAAACCUUGGCCAUCAUUUCUGCAGUUGGGAACAAACUGAACGAACCAUUAGUGUACUCCAUUCUUAAUCCGGACGAAAGAUUUGACGUUGGUCGUACAUCUGGAGUUCUCUUUACAACUGGAAUACCGUUUGAUCGUGAGGAGCAAGACGUAUUUGACGUGAUCGUUGAAGUCACCACAGAGCAGAAAGAUGCUAAAACCGCCCAUGUUCUGGUGAAGGUCAUGGUUGAAGAUGUUAAUGACAAUGCUCCCAUGUUUGUGAACCUACCCUACAGCUCUAUUGCGCAAAUGGACACUGAAGUGGGCACUGUUUUGGGGCAGGUAACUGCAGUAGAUAGCGAUGUUGAUCAAAAUUCUGAGAUUAAAUACCAUCUGAAAGGGAAUGAUGAUCAUUUCCAUAUAAGCCCAUCUGGUGAAAUUUCUCUGAAGAAGGCAUUUAAACAGGAACAUCUCAACACAAGGUUUGUGAUUAAUAUCAUUGCUGAAGAUCAAGGAGAUGACCAUGCUUUGUCGUCAACUGCAGAAGUGACGAUUACUGUGGUGAACAAAGCUACUCCAGUGUUUGAAAGGCCAUUUUAUAAGAUUGAAAUCCCUGAAGACGUAGAGUUACGUACUGCCAUUGUGCAAGUUCUAGCUAAUGAGUCUGUUGGACCUCGGACUGUUUACAGGAUCUACGAAGGAGAUCCUUUGGGUCAUUUCUACAUUGAUUUCAACACUGGAGUCAUAGAAGUUGUUCAAAAAUUGGACUAUGAAACUCACCCUGCUCAUAGAUUAAGUAUACAAGCGAUGGACUCUCUAACUGGAGCGCACUCUGAGGUUUUUGUUGACAUAAUUUUGGAAGACGUCAAUGACAAUGCACCCGUGUUCGAUAGGAAGUUGUACAAUAUCAGUGUUUCUGAGUCUGCUGUGAUUGGCACCUCAGUAUUGCAAGUCUCAGCUAGAGACAUGGACACUGGCAGCAACAAAGAAAUAUCCUACCAGUUGUUCACCAAAAAUGGAACUGCUCCUUCAGAUCACUUCCGAAUAGAUGGUCAAAGUGGAGUGAUCUGGACGACUGCUCUGCUGGAUUAUGAAACCAAGCCAAAGCAUGAGUUGACCAUCAAAGCUUUGGAUGGAGGAGCUUCUCAAUUGUACAGUGAAGUCUUAGUUACUGUACACGUCACUGAUCUGAAUGAUAACCCACCCAUAUUUAUGCAGCACGUUUACAACGCCACCGUCAGUAAUCUUUCACCUACAGGUCAUUUUGUUACCUGCGUUCAGGCAUCAGAUCCCGACAGCAUGGAUAUGGGAAAGCUGGAAUUCUCCAUUCUAUCAGGAAACGAGGAUAACAUAUUUGCUAUUGACAAGAAAACUGGCGAAAUUUUCAUUUCAAGCCAUUGGAAGCUAAUGGGAACUCACUAUAACUUAUUUGUCUUCACCACUGAUGGUGUUUUCACAGCUUUUUCCGAAGUAAAAGUCAAAGUAAUUGACUCGAAUCAACAAAGUCCCUCCUUCGUGCAAGAUGAGUACAUUGUCGAACUUCUAGAGAACUCUGCAGUCGGCACAUUGGUUACUCAAGUGGAGGUGCUUGACAAGGAUCCUGGAAUAUAUGGUCAAGUCACCUUACAUAUUGUAAAUGACGUUGCCAGAGACAAAUUCACGUUGAAUGCAGACGGCCAGAUUCACACAGCUGACAUCUUUGAUCGAGAGAACCCAUUGGAGAAUGUCAUGUACAUAUACAUACUGGCCAAAGAUGGAGGAGGCAAAGUUGGCUUCUGCACAGUCAUUGUAAUACUUUCAGAUAUCAACGACAAUGCGCCACAGUUCAGACUAUCCGAGUAUAAGGCGAUGGUGCAGAGGGAUGUUCCUAAAGGAACGACCGUGAUGAAAAUAUCCGCCGUAGAUGAGGACGAGGGAGCUAAUGCUGACAUCGCUUACGAAAUCGACUCAGAUAUUGGACACUUUGAAAUCCAUCCUGUAAGUGGGGCUGUUGUCACAAAAGGAAGUCUAAUGGAAGUAGAAAAUGGCCUGUACUCCUUCUAUGUGAAGGCUAAAGAUUCUGGAAGCCCUCCAAGGCAGUCUGUUAUCCCGGUCUCAAUUAAAGUACUUCCUUCAAAUGUGAGCGUGCCCAAGUUCGCUGAAGGAUUGCUUUGGCUGGAGCUCUCUGAGGAUCUUCCUGUUGGGACUGAGAUAGAUACCGUUCGCUCUGAAAGAGGAAAACAGCCUGUGAUUUACAGCCUCGUCAGAGGAAACACUCCUCAGAGUAACCGAGAUGACGUCUUUGUUAUCAAUAGCCACUCUGGAAGGCUAAAACUGGGCAAACGACUGGACUAUGAAGCUGUCAGAUGGUAUCAACUCUCGAUUCAGGUCAAGGUUACUGAAGAAGGAGUGGAAUUUAUCUCAGUCACUGAGGUGAAUAUACACCUGAAGGAUGUAAAUGAUAACAGCCCCCAGUUUGACUCUCUCCCCUACCAAUCUUUCAUUCUCGAGAACCUACCCGGUGGGACCUCAGUGGUCCAGGUGAGGGCUACAGAUCUCGACUCCGGACUGAACGGCCAGGUCACUUACAGCCUAGAUAGGAAUCAAGAGAGCCCAGAAGUUCUGGAGUUGUUUGCGGUGGACAGUGAGACAGGUUGGGUCAGCACUGUGGCAGAAAUAGACAGAGAAAAGAGAAAUAAGUACAGAAUAGCCGUUAUCUCCACAGAUGGAGCUCAAGAUAAACGAAUGACUGGGAGCACUGUGGUGGAGGUGACAGUGGUGGAUUCGAAUGAUAACCCUCCAGUCUUUACAAAGGCUCUGUACAAGGCCACAGUAAUGGAGACUGAGUCUACAGCAGGCACUGUUAUCACUGCUCUGAGCACCACAGACCUGGACAGUGAGGAGGCCAACAGGAGGUUCAACUGCUUCAUCACAGGUGGAGACCCCCGGGGUCAGUUUAGUCUACAGUAUGUGGACGGUGCUUGCUUAGUCCUGACUGCUAAAGCUCUGGACAGAGAGGAGAGAGAACACUACCUUCUGAACAUCACGGUUACAGACGGAACGUACACGGCCCAGACCGCAGUGGAGCUCGCCGUUCUGGAUGCAAACGACAACAGCCCUGUGUGUGAGAAGGGUCCGUACGCUGGAGCGGUUCCAGAAAAUGCCCCCGCAGGAAAAUUCAUCCUGCAGGUUUCAGCCUCUGAUCCAGAUAUCCAGUCAAAUGCUGAAAUUGCAUAUCGACUCACAGGGGACGGCUCUGAGUCAUUCAGAAUGGACUCGGCUACAGGAGUCCUGAAGACCCUGCUGCCCCUGGACCGAGAGGAGCGCGGGGAGUAUAACCUGACGGUGCAGGCAGUGGACGGAGGAAACCGCUCCUGUGAGGCUGAUGUGAUCAUCACUGUUAUAGACGUUAAUGACAAUGCUCCUGUGUUCUCCUCUGAGCUGUACUACAUCAGUGUGUAUGAUAACACUCAGCCCGGAGCGUAUCUGAGCCGUCUGCAGGCGUACGACGCUGAUACUGGUCUGAACAGUCGAGUGAGUUACCGGUUGGAAGACUCUGCUGGGGGUUUGUUCUCUAUAGAGGAGCAGUCUGGAAUCAUCAGUCUGCUGAAGCCCCUCAGUGAUCAGGUGAAGAGUGGGCACAGGCUGCAGGUUCGAGCCACAGAUCACGGCUCCCCCCGGACCUUUUCCUCACUGUGCUCUGUGGAGGUGACUGUGCUGGACGCUAAUCACCGCCCUCCGGUGUUCCAGCACAGAGACUACACCACCACAGUUCCUGAAGAUGUGUCCCCGGGGACCCUGCUACUGAGCGUCUUCGCUGCCAGCGGUCACCCCCAGGCUAAUGCCCAGACCAGCUACUCCAUCAGCAGCGGCAACGAGCAGGGGGCCUUCAGCAUCGAUUCCCAUACAGGUAAUAUUUUUGUGAUUGCUGCACUGGACUAUGAAGCAGCCAGAGAGCACUACCUGAUGGUGAAGGCCACUGAUGGAGGACAGGAGUCUCUGAGUGACACCGUCACGGUCACCAUCCACCUCUCAGACAUCAAUGACAACAGUCCUGCAUUCAGCCAGCAGAUCUACUCAGCAGUGAUCAGUGAAGACUCUGAGCCCGGCUGCUCUGUGUUAACUGUAAUGGCAAAUGACCUUGAUGGACCUUCAAACAGCCGCAUACACUAUUCCAUUCUGAAGGGCAACGAGGACAGUCCGUUCAUCAUGGACGCGGUCAGCGGCGUGCUGAAAGUGGCUCGUCAAUUAGACCGAGAAAAGGUUGGUGUGUACAAGCUCACCGUUCUGGCCUCCGACAGUGGAAAUCCUCCCAAAUCCAGCAGCGCUGCAAUCAACAUGACAGUGGCUGAUGUGAAUGAUAAUCCGCCUGUCUUCUCCCGGGCUAACUACAGCCUCGUCGUGCAGGAGAGCCUGCCUGCCGGGGCCUCUGUCCUCCAGCUCAAUGUGACCGACAGAGACACCCCCCAAAACGUACCCCCGUUCUCCUACAGCAUCCUGAAGGGCAACGAGGGGAAGCAGUUCAGCAUAGACCAGCAGGGAGUCAUUAGAACCACAAGCCCUCUGAAGAGAUCAGUAAAGGAUCAGUAUGUCCUGCAGGUCCAGGUGACAGACAGUGGGAAACCUCCUCUCCAGUCCUCCACCCUGGUGAACCUCCACGUGGCUCAGACGAGUGUGCAUCCUCCAUCAGUUCUCCCUCUGGAGGUGUUCAUCCUCGUUCCAGGAGAGGAGUAUCCAGCAGGAGGUGUUGUAGGAAAAGUUCACGCCUCAGAUCUGGACGAGUACGACACUCUUAAUUACACUCUCCAGCCUCCGGGUCACGACCUGUUCUCCGUGUCCGACGCAGACGGCCGGCUGCUGGCCCGGCGGGGGCUGGACGUGGGCCGCUACCCUCUAAAUGUGUUGGUCAGCGAUGGACGCUUCUCCUCCUCAGCCAGCGUCACUGUGCACGUGCAGCAGGUCACUCAGCAGAUGCUGGAGGGCUCAGUGUCUGUGCAGUUUGCUGGGGUCAGUGCUGAGGAUUUCCUUCAGGAACACUGGAGGAACUUCCAGAGGGUUAUCCGCAGCUUAGAGGGAAUCCACAGCAGGACUGGACUGGACAUCAGUAGACAAAGCAGAGCCGACGUGCAGAUUCUGAGUCUGCAGCCUGUGGAGUCUGGGGCUGAUCUGGAGGUGCUGUUGUUCUUGGAGAGGUCUGGAGAUUCUGGAUCCUCCCUGGAGCUUCUUCUGCAGAACCUCAACUCUUCCAGUGCAGCUCUGCAGGAACUGGGUGGGCUGAGGCUGGUGAGGGUCUUGACUCGACGUUGCUCGACGUGUCCGGACAACAUGUGCAGGCAGGAGGUGACCCUGGAUACGAGCAUCAUGGCGGCGUACAGCACGGCUAGAGUCGGUUACGUGACUCCUCGACACCACGUCACGCCCAGGUGUCUCUGCAGAGAUGGGAAAUGCCCUGGACAGAAACAGGGCUGUGGCAGUAACCCGUGUCCGGAGGGUUAUCACUGUUUGUCUCUUCAAGGAGAGAAAUACCACUGCAUCUGUCCAUUAGGAAAAAAGGAAAAAUGCUCAGGAGGAUCUUCAGUGACAUUCAGUGAGAACAGCUACAUCAAAUACCACGUGAAGAGGAGCACUCGAGAAGAAAUUAAGAUUUCUCUGAAGUUAAAAACCUUUUCCAUACAUGGAACUGUGAUGUUUGUUAAAGGAAGAGGCUACAGCGUUCUAGAGGUGGUACGAGGCAGGCUGCAGUUCCAGUUUGACUGUGGCAGCGGGUUGGCCACCAUGACUGUGCACAGCGUUCAGGUGAACGACGGCCAGUGGCACUCGGUGGAGCUGGAGGUGAAGGGUAACCGUGCCAGGCUGGUCCUGGACCGCCUCCACUCCGCAUCGGGCAUUUCGCCUGGCGCGCUGCCCUGCCUGGGCCUGGAGAAGCAGGUGAUCCUGGGCGGACGGGCGGUUGUGAUUGGCUCCAGGCCGAGGCGGAGCCUGCCUCUCUCUGGCAGCCUGCAGGGCUGCAUGGACGCGGUGAUGGUUAAUGGACAGAGCCUGUUCCUGCACUCUGAAGGCCUCGCCGGGGUUGUGCUGGAGGACGUGGAAGGAGUUUCUCCAGGCUGUGGGGUUGGCAUAACGCCAAGCCAGGACUGCGCCAACAAACCCUGCCUUAACGGAGGAAGCUGCUCUCAGAGACCCAAUGGAGAUUAUCACUGCACAUGUAGUGGUUUAUUCACAGGAGCUCACUGUGAGCUCAGCAUCAGCCCCUGUGUUUCCAACCCCUGCCUGUAUGGAGGAACAUGCAUACAAAACAACGAGCGUUACUACUGCCGCUGCCGAGGACAGUACACCGGCCAGAGAUGCGAGACAGGGCCGUACUGUAAGCAGAACCCCUGUAGAAAUGGCGGACACUGUAUUGACAGCUUGGAUGGACCUGCCUGUGAGUGUGAACCCGGGUUCAGAGGAGAAAGGUGUCAGCUGGACGUGGAUGAAUGUCUGCAUCUUCCUUGUCUGAACGGCGGCUGGUGUGUGAACACGUUCGGCUCGUUUAACUGCAGCUGCAGCCCGGGCUUCAGCGGGAGCCUGUGUGAGAUGGAGAGCGAAGUCCACAACGUCUUCAUCUCCAAUUCCUGGAACAUCAGCCUGGGUGAGCUGGUGGGGGUUCUCAUCUUUCUGGUAGCUAUCUUCAUCCUGGCCCUGCUCUUCGCUCUGGUCCGAACAGGCAUGUGCAGGUCUACUAAAAGCGAGGAAGAGAAAGAGAAGUACAGAGCGAUUGAUGCUUAUAUCCAGAGGACUUACCUGGACAGUAAAACCAGCAGAGGGACGUUUCUGGAUGGACCACCGCAGGUCCCUGUGAGACCCCUCUCCUACAACCCCAGCGUUCCUGCAGACUCCCGAAGAAAAGACGUGGACAGAGGCUGUCCUCCUGAGUUCAGCUCUUUUACUCCUGAUACGACGUUUGGAGUGAAGAAGUCUGUGGCUGUGUGCAGCGUAGCGCCCAACCUGCCCCAGCGCCGAGCCUCACGCUCCCCCGCACACAGCCACUCCAUACGAAAACCAGACUCGGAGGAGGAAGAUGAUAAUCACAGAGAUACAAACUCAUAUUUGUCAACAGAAGAAGAAGAAAGGAUGAGCAGUAAAAGAGGAAGCACACAAGGCCUUGCUGACUCAUUCCAGUUUACAGAUGAUAGCAACUUCCACUGGGACACCUCCGACUGGAUGCACGGUGCUCAGGUUCCUGGAUUUCAGAGCCUCCUUCAGUAUGAAUUUGUGCAAACGCCCUCCAUGUACUCUGACAUUAACGACGUGUACCCUAGACCUCCAGCUCCUGACAGGGAUUACCGUGCUGAAGGUGGAGAUUACAGAAGCUGCUCUCUACCACCUCCAGAAUUUCCUCCUUACAAUGACCUACAUUCUCAUACAGAGCGCUGGGACAAAUCUGGCUGGCCACAGGCCCACGCCGCAAUCGCUCGGUUACCAGGACGGAGCUCGACAGCACUGGGUCAGCAGCAGCAGCGGCACGGCCUGGAUCAUCCACCGCCUAAUCAAACUAUCCAUGGAGUGCCUCAGGGUUCAAUUCAAGGACCAUUUGAGUUUCAGCCAGGCAGCGUGUACAGUGGAAGAGCCAGGCAGGAGGGUCAUGGCAGGCUUCCUGGUUUGUUGGAUAGCUCUGCUCCAUCCCUCUCAGACCUGUCAGACAGUGGUGAUGAAGCGGAUUUGAUGGCUCUGAGUCGUGAUGAUAGUGCGUCGAGUGAUGUCAGCACACCGAUUAUAAUGAGGAAGAAAGACUCUGCACACUGAAGAGUACUGAAAAGUGCGUAGUAGUGUUUAUGGUUUGUGUGUCUGUGUUUUAUACUGUUGUUCUCUCAGCAUCAGCACCAUGUUCUCAUAGAGAAAUGUUCGGUUAUGGAGUGUGUACGGUAAAUGGAUAGCUCUAUUAUGGAGUGAAAUUUAGUACCAAAAGUUUUUCGUAGAAAAAUUAAAUGUGAAAUCAAAAUUUUAGAAAAAUAGAAAAGAAAAAAAUUAUAGCAAAUACAUAUUUUUAAACAUGCUUGGUUACUUUAUUAUCCUUUGCAGUUUUUUGAAAAGUAUUUCAGUUUGGAUUUUGUCAGUUUUUAUUUUUGUGUUUUUGUGAAUUUUCUGUGGAUUUUUUGGGGUUUUUAUCUGUUAAAGAAUUUUGCAUCUGGAAUCACUCCUUUGCUUCUGAGUUCAGCCCUCUUCUAAGCCCCGCCCACCUGUGAAAACUGUGCCAAAACUCAGAAUCAAAAAACUGAAGCAGAAACAAACAAGAGAUUCCAGAUGCAAAAGGCUUUAUCAGAAAAAUCCAAAAGAAAUCCACAGAAAAUUCACGAAAAAGACAAAAUGACUGACAAAAUCCGAACU